UCCUAGCUACCCAGGUAUGGUAUGUAGCUAGGUACCUGGUAGGUAGAGAGAACUUAAACUUAUAAUAACUUAUCGACUCUUUUCGACCCUUUCGACCCUAUCGACCUUUUCGACUUUUUUUGGCUCCAUUUUUCUCCUGCUCAAGGGACGAGAUUUACAUCUUCAGCUUGCUCCACAGGGACUCUUCCUGUCUCCUCUCUUCUUGUCAAUCUUUACCUCGUAUGUCCCGUCUCUGCUCUUAGAUCUUUCAUUACCUCAAGCAACGGAAUAAAAGAGAAAAAAAUCGAUCCACACGAAUCGAAUUUCUAUUACGAAGAAAACUUCUUUCAAUUCUUUUAAUAGAUUUAACCCAACCGUCAUUCUUUCUUCCUUUCAACCUUUUGGACUUUUUGUUUCCUUCAUUUCAUGAUCGAAAUAGCUGGUUCCACUUCUUCCGUUGGGGCUAGCAGAAUUCUAUCUAUCUACCUCAUUGAUUAUUCUUCGGAUUGUUGAUCAAACCCCCUCGAACACGCUCGACGCGAGUUAUUAUACGAAUGACGGCCGUCCAUUGAAUCAAUUGAUUUCAUACAUUCGUUUCGCAGACUAUCAAUCGAUUGAGAUUUGCUAAGAUUCUCCCUGGAGAUUCACCACUUGCACAAUUUGGGCAAAGUAUUAUUUUUAUUCCUAAUUUACUUUUACAUUGGAGACGAGCAAUAUUCCACAAGGAAUCUUAUCUCCCCCGCCACUGAUUCACUCUCAGAUCUCUAGAAAGAUCUGCGAUUUGGUACUUGCUUUCUCCACACGAAAACCCUACUUCUCGAUUAAAUGUCACUUCGUUCUCCUCGAUCACCAACAGAUUUCUCGCGGCGUGGCUUUCAGCCCAUAGACGGCGGCGAUAUGACUGAAAAUAUUCCCCUCACGCAAGUGAGAACUGGCGCCUCUUCCACAGGCGCACGAAAGCCUGGAGAAGGAAUACUGGCAGGAGGCUCGGAAAAUGAUUCUGGCAAAGAAGAUGAGAAGCAAGGAAUGUUUAGAAAAGGAUUUGCCGGCAGAAGGAAAGUCCAUCCCUCGAGAAGAGGAACAAACGGAGAGGAGGUUUCUGUCAAUGGCUUGGGCAGAUUUUACAACACAAUCAUUAAUUUCUCGGUCGUCACUCGUUACAUGUUCUACGUUGCGCCAAUUGGUAUAAUACUCGCCGCGCCAAUCGUUGUUUUCGCUGUCUUGUACCCGACGGCAACUAUUGGAAAGAUGAAAUUAUACUUGUUCUUCACUUGGAUUGAGAUUAUUUGGCUUAGUAUUUGGGUUUCAAAGCUAUGCUCUAAAGCCAUCCCAUACAUCUUCAUGUUUUUGUGCGGAGUUGUCAGCACUGGCGUUCGGAAGUACGCAACUAUCUUGAGAGCUUUGGAAAUUCCAUUAUCCUUGGUUGGAUGGGCUAUUACCAGCUUAGUCACUUUCACGGCCUUGACGACGAAAGAAUUGAAUAAGCUGCACAAAAAUGGCAUAGACUAUGAUGGCACCUUGGAUCCAUGGGUUAACACGAUGAAGCGCGUUCUGGUACCUACUUUGAUUUCUACAAUCAUACUCUUGGUAGAGAAACUCAUCGUCCAAUUGAUCAGUGUCAAUUACCACCGACGCUCUUUUGAUGGACGAAUCAAAGAAUCAAAGCACCUUAUCCACUUGCUUGGUCUCCUCUACGAAGCAUCCCGAACUCUGUUUCCAAUGUACUGCCCCGAGUUUGCAGAGGAAGACUACAUUAUCAGUGAUAGUAUCGAAGCCGUCCUUCAAAAGACGAACAGAAGGCUAUUGGGACACAACAGAUCCGGUUCAAAUACGCCAAUGAAGCUUAUCGGAGAUAUUGGCCGUUUUGGUGACAAAGUUACCUCAGUCUUUGGAAAUAUUGCAUCUGAGAUUACUGGAAAGCAAGUUUUCAACCCCAAUUCUGCUCACUCUGUCGUUAUUGAAGCACUUGAGAAGACCAAAUCCUCCGAGGCAUUGGCGAGACGUUUAUGGAUGUCUUUUGUCGUUGAAGGGAGGGAUUCUUUGUCUGCAGAAGAUCUUGAGGAGGUCCUUGGCGCUGGUCGCAAGAUGGAAGCCGAGGAAAUUUUUGAAGCUUUGGAUAACGAUGGAAAUGGCGAUAUUUCUCUUGAUGAAAUGAUCAUGAAAGUAGUGGAUAUUGGGCGCGACCGAAAAUCAAUUGCAAACAGCAUGAGAGACGUUGGACAGGCCAUCGGUGUUCUUGAUCAGGUCUUACUCAUUAUCGUUCUCAUUAUUGUCAUUUUCGCAUACAUUGCUUUCCAAGAUACUGGUUUCCUCGCCACAUUGACAACUGCCGGCACAACUCUCUUGUCUCUAUCCUUCGUCUUCGCUGCAACUACUCAGGAGUUCCUUGGUUCUUGUAUCUUCCUUUUCGUCAAACAUCCAUACGAUGUCGGUGAUCGCGUCGAUAUCAGUUCUGAAUACCUUGUUGUGGAACAAAUCUCCUUACUUUUCACCAUUUUCAAACGCAUCGACAACAUGAAGAUGGUGCAGGUACCUAACAUUGUCCUUAACAACCUUUGGAUCGAGAACAUCACUCGUAGCAAGGCAAUGAAAGAACAACUUGACAUGUACAUUUCAUUUGAUACGACUCUCGAGGAUAUUGAACUACUACGCACAGAAAUGGAAAAUUUUGUUCGGCAUCCAGACAAUGCUCGUGACUUCCAAUCAGACAUUGUAUUGGAGGCUGUGGGCAUUGGAAACAUGGAUAAGCUUCAACUCAAGGUCGAAAUCAGACAUAAAUCUAAUUGGCAUAACGAAACAGUUCGCGCUGCUCGUCGCUCCAAAUUCAUGUGUGCUCUUGUUUUGGCCUUACGUAAGAUUCCAAUCAACGCUCCUGGAGGUGGUGGAGAUGCUCUCGGUGGACCUGCCAACCCCAACUACUCUGUCUCUGUAACAGAUGAGUGGGCCGCCGAAGCACGGGAUAAGUCGUCAACCACCAAAGAUGCAAAGCGCCUCAUACCCACGAAACCUCUGAAAAAUACAAAUCCAGAUCUUGGUCCAAUAGAUGCAGAGGAGGAGGCCGCGGAACAUUUGAAUGCAAGACGCCCUGGUUUAGACUUUGCACAUAGUAACAGUUACAACGACAACGAUGAUAUGUCGACCUUGGGAGAAAAUACCUUCGACCACCAAUACGGCAAUUCAAGGACAUCUCUGAUGAAACGAGCAAGCACCCGAGGUAGACGAAAGCCUGGAGAGCAUUUACCACCGAAUGCAUUCCAAUCAUCUCCUGGUUUUAGCGUUACAAUAGACGAGCCUUCAGGAUCAGGAACUUAUGGAAAUUCUUUCAUGAAUGAAGGGGCUUCAACUUCUACUGAGUACAACUCUUCAUAUGGUAGUGGAAGUGGUUAUCAAAAAUAUGCACCAUUCCCUGCAAACCCAUCUGGUCAACUCGGACGUAACGCAUCCGUUGCUUCGAACAGAAGCCAAAUUGGACCCGAUGGGGCUGGUAUACCAUCGUCGACAUCACUAUAUCCAUCAUAUUCAGCAGGACAACAAUCUGCCGGUGUAGCUUCCAACUCGAGUGCUAGCAACACAUCACAAGCUGCUCCUGGUCGAACUUUAGUCGGUAGCGCACCAGCAAGCCGAGCAAGAAGUGGAACUACAGGUGGUAGUCGACCGAAUGUUGAAGAUGAAGAAGAGUAGAGGUAGAGCACGAUGUAGCAGAAUACAGACUGGACGUGGCUAGAUUUCUUUUUAUUACAGGGUCGGGAGUCAAACAUACUAUACCCGAAUAUUUUUGCUUGUAAUUGAUGCAUGGAUUGGCAAAAUGAUAACGAAUUUGUAUGAUAUAUUUGCUAUAUAAUGUGCUUGCUAUAUUGGCAUUCACAUUUUCUUUAGAUGGAUGAGGUUGUGUCAGAUUAGAACCAUAGACUGAUAGGCGAGGAGAAAUUAUGAAUGGAAUGGGCAAUUCAAGCAAUUUUAUGCAAUUACUUAAACACUCAGCCUUGAAAGUCUUUGCACAUUGAGACAUGACAUCUAAAACUGACAAGCUGUUCGUCGAAAAUGCCGCCUUAAAUGCUCCUAGAUCUCGUUCCAUGAUGCAGUGAAACCUUGAAAGAUGAUGAGAC